GGCAGCGCCGGGAGCCGCGAAGGGCGGUAAGUGGCAGUGGGCGGUGGACGGAGACCCAGCGAGGGAGGCGUUUCAUUGCUGCAGUCUUGGGCGAAAGAAAAAAAAAACCCGCUCUUCUUGAAGUGAUCAGAGGAAGUGCUCACAAUUCGGGUGGUAGGAUUUUUGCCCGCCUCUCUCAAAACCGCACAAGAAAGCGACUCGGAAGCCAGCAAGGCCGCCUUGCCGUUCCAGGACUUCGGGCUCCAGCCGGUGAAUUGGCACGACCAUGUCUCCUGAAGGUGGCAGGGCACCCUCCCUCCUCUGUCUGAUUGUCAUAGCUGCCGGACUAAAUAUCUAUUCCAUCUCCUCAUUGGAUACAUCAACCAUCUCAGAGACUGUAAAAACAGAAAUAACCAACCAGACUUCUAGAUCCAACAGCACUUUAUCAACUACAAAAGCAGUUACAAGUCCUGUUACGCUUUCCUUUACAACUACACUAACAACUACUGAAAAGGAUACAAACCUAUCGGCUACACCUAAUGACAUAUCAAGUACAUCAGAGAUGACUGUAUCAACAACUAAUUUGUUACCAAAACCAAGCACUGAAUUACAAAGCACAGAACACAUGCCAGUUGAUAGCUCAGCAAAAACUAACACCACCACUUCAGGUAUUAUGAGUGUAUCAUCCAGCAGAAGCAGUACAUUUGCUCCUGAGGAUUACACCAGCUCUUGGGUUACUCAGUUAUCAAAUACUGAAGUAUCCACAGUACCUGUGACAUCCAAGAAAUACCCUGUUGAAGUAUCCACAGUACCUGUGACAUCCAAGAAAUACCCUGUUGAAGUAACCACGCCUGGAGUAACUACUAAGCCACUCACCUCAUCAAGCACUGUGGGAAAGUCUGCAGAGUCACAAGGGACUUCAGCAAGUAAGACAACUGUUGAGAACACUCCUAUUGGCAAUGCCACACACUCUUCAGAGGUAACCAUUCAAGAGGUUCAGCAGGCUUUGAGUUCAGGAAGCAUUGCAGCUAUUACUAUAACGGUAAUUGCUGUGGUUAUAUUGGUAUUUGGCAUAGCUGCAUUUUUAAAAAUCAGGCAUACUUCAUAUGGCAGACUUUUUGAUGACCAUGAUUAUGGAUCCUGGGGAAACUACAACAACCCACUAUAUGAUGAUUCCUAAUCUAAGAAUAUUAGCCAUGCCAAGGCUGUUUUUGUGUCAUGACACACCUAAUUCACCAAAAGCACUAUGUUCCAGUAUCUUUUGACAUGAAAUCCUAUAUUUUAUUCCUUUUGCUGUUUCUUCCAGUUAAUCUUUGGAGUUUAAUAGAAGCUAAACUCUACAAUGAGAAUCCGAUUCAAGUGAUGCUUAUAAUAAAUUAUCAAAUCUUAUUUAAUAUGUUGGUGUAAUUUCUGGAAAAAGAUGGUUAUAUGGAAUACUCUGAUAAAACUGAAGUUUUAACAACUUAUAACAGGUGAACUGUUCCUGGCAGAUUUGGCAUGAAGAAACAGAAUGGCCUUUUUAGCUGUCCAUUAGCAAACCUUUAAGGUAAAAAUUGCUCCAAAGAUUAAUACCAACUCAUGUUCAUUUGCUUUACCAGGCUGUUUUUGAAAGAAGAGUGUUCUUAUUAAGAUUCAGUUGAAUAUUGUACUAUCUUAUAUUUCACUGAAGUUCUUGUUAACUGCUUUGUUAAGUAGUCGCUAUAAAUGGCAGUACCAUGUCAAUUGCUUCUGUCUUCUUUCAUCAUACCAAUUCAACAAAACUCUUUAACAGAGGCAACAGCUAUUGGUCCACUGAUAACAAACAAAUAUCAUAUUUAAGGAAUGAAAUUAAUAAUUCUCUCCCACAGAAAAACACAAACUAUUAGAUUUGAUAUGUAAAAAAUGAGAUUAUUUCCAAAAAUAAAAUAUUACCUCUUUGAUUUGUACCAAGUAUUAACUAUUCCAUAUUUUCUGGAUUCAGCAUUA